AUGGGCCUUUUCGGCCACGUGCGCAUCCACGAGAGCGGCCUUGACCGCACUCCCGACACAUCCACCACAUCCGACACAUCCACCGUGCACACCCCCACCCUCGUUCCAUUCGUCCGCGCCACCACCACCACGGCCGCCUCCUCUGUAGCUGACACUGACACCGCCGACUUCUCAUGCCCACACCGCCCACUCGCAUUCACCUCACGCAUCGGCCUGGUCGGUCACUUGCGAAUCCAUCGCACAGAGACUGGCGAAUCAGUGCCUGGAGCACCUACUUAUACGCACCAAGCUCGUCUCAACUGCCCACACUGUCCUCGCAAUUUCAGGCAUCGCAUGGGCCUAUUCGGCCACAUGCGCAUCCACGACGACCUGCGGUAG